UGUGGUGGGAAUUGCAUGAGUGUUUGUGUGGUGAAAACGGCGAAUUAAAAAUAAUAUGAAGUUGGAUGGGGUGGAGAGUGGGUGCGUUCAAUGUCGCGGCAUGGUCUGGAAAACUUCAAAAUAUUUUGACGUAGUGAUAACCUGUGCGGUGCUGGUACAGGAGUUGAGUUUUCUCCGGCAAAUUCUGACUUAAAACUUUUUAGAAUUAUAUACCACAAUGAACUCGGUGCUCAGUAGAGUCCUGAUGAGGAUAGCCCCUCCUUCGAGCCGACACAAUUUCACGUCACUUCGACAAUAUGCUACUGUUAAACGUUUCUAUAAAAACACAAAUGUCCUAUAUAGUGGCGGCAAGUAUGAAAUCACCUUGGACCACAGGAAAUUGAAAACACCGAAGGGAGCUCCGCUUGUAAUGAAAAGCGAGCCAUUGGCCAUAGCAGUCGCUGCAGAAUGGGCGAAUCAGAAGGAAAAGAUCGAAAGGAGUUCGAUGCAUCUCACGGCGUUGUGCAGUACUGUGAUCGAUAAUCCGAACAAAUUGGAAGCGACGGAUAUGAUAAAUCAUAUGCUGAACUUUCUAGGGUCAGAUACGGUGCUCUUUCAGACAGACACUGAAGAAGAACUUUACAAGCUCCAAUCACAGGAAUGGGAUCCCAUAAUCAAAUGGUUCAACGAUCGCUACGAGACCAACAUCCAAAAGACCUUAGACAUGAACUUACCACAAAUUUCUUCUGGCGACAAAAUGAGCAUCAGCAAAUAUCUGUCGUCACACAACAUCGAAUCUCUUCACGGAUUCAUAUUCGCCAUAGACACCCUGAAAUCCAUCAUCUUAGCGUUUGCUGCCAUUGAUCAACACAUUACCAUUGAGAAGGCUGUUCAUUUGGCUCGAUUGGAGGAGGAAUAUCAGUUGGGCUUCUGGGGUCGUGUCGAAUGGGCGCAUGAUUUGAGUCAACAGGAUCUGCAGGCAAGAUUGGCAGCGGCUGUGUUGUUUGUUCAUUUCAAUCGAUCCGAGACGAUGAUAAAGCAGAAAUUAAUGGUUUAAAGUUAUGUAGAGAGUAGAUGUAAGUAAAUAUAAAUCUAUUUGACGAA